UGAUGCCGCCGAACCCCAACGCGCCGGCGCACCCCGGGCCCCCGCACGGCGCUCCGCCCCCGCCACCAGGCGGUUACGGCGGCGCGUACGGCGGGCGCUACUACGGCGGCUACGCCGGCUUCCCCGCCGGCUACGGGCCGCCGCACGCGUACUACGCCGCCGCGCCCGCGCCCGACCACUACCUGCCGCACCAUCUGCCGCACCAUCCGCACCACCCGCACCACGAGACCAAACAGGAUGAGCCACCAGCCAAGAAGGAGGCCGAAUGAUUGUCACCCAAACGCGUCGUCAAGCGACGGCGCAAGUCCUCUUCGAAGGACGCCCAGUGAGCAGCCUUCUUACACUCGCCUAUACCGCCUGUAGGGUGUACUGGACGCGUUAUAGUCAAAACUCUAAACUCUACCUAGUUACUACUAAAGCAGGGAUGGCGAACCUUUAUGUCUCAACGUGCCACUUUUCAGAAAAAAAUGUUUGAUGUAGUCAUAGACGUGCCAUCAAAUAACACCUAAUGCUAUCAAUGAGGAGUAUAGUACAAGUGGCGCCACUGGCGAGUGACAAGGCCUUACCACAGCCUUACUUUACAGUGGCACUAACGGACGACUUAUUUACUAUUUUAUUUUAUAGUGAAUUUUGUGAUUGGUGGCGUGCCCUCAAUAUUGUGGCGCGUGCCAUCGAUGGCACGCGUGCCAUUGGUUCGCCAUCCCUGUACUAAAGGCUGAUUUACACGUAUUAAGUAGACAAGUAGGUAACUAAAUUUUAACUUGAUUUUUCUGUCAAGUUGAUGGGCGGGGCUUGUCACUUGACACGUUUUGACAAGCAGUUUCAUAGUAAACAUAUAAACCCUGUAACUUUGUCAAAGCUGUUUACGUGACAUUAGCGAAAUCAUGGUUCUAAAAACCAAGUCGUUGCCAAAAUAAAAGAAGAAGACGUUUGGAAUUAAGUUAAAAUUUAGUUACGAGCAAUUUGAUCACUUAUAAUUAAGUUAAAAUUUAGUUAAGUAUUACUUAGUACGUGUAAAUCAGCCUUUAUAGACCUCAGUUACACUACUCGCUAAGUUGACCGAUGUAAGAUAGUGUAGACACGCCCUUCGAGAAACUUCGCCUCGCCCGCUUUUCGAUUAUUGUCGGUUGAAGCGUUCCGAAAUUGAAUACGAAGCGACUAUACUACCCGGACCCAGCUAACUACAGUACUUCGUCGAAGCGAAUAGAGCAGCUGUGGUACAGUCAGCGCCAAAUAGUUCGUGACACCCAAAGUUGCCAAAAAGUUCGCAACACGUCUUUGUUGCGAUUGGAAGGCUGUGUUCUCAAUUUUUUGUCCACUUUGGGUGUCAAGUACUAUUUGACGCUGUUAAGAUUGGAGCUCGCAGAAGACUAGUUUUGUCUAAGACCCGGUUCCGUGCUGAUCUUUUAAUCGAGUAUGUACUUUUCAUACUAAAUUCAUCCUUCAAGAUGAGGACGCUCAAGCCAAAAAUCUCAAUUCAAAAACAGACCCUAAGCAUGAACCACACUUAGUCUUGUGACUCUUUCCGCCUCCCGCUGAAUUUAGUCAAGUCGAUUAUCAAAUUGUUUAGUCAGGUCAAUCCAUAUUUUUCUAUUUUGACUGGCGGGUAGCAAAUCAAAUCUAGUCUCUGCACAAUUGUUUAGUAUAUUAGGUAACUAUUAGAGAUUUGGCUAUGACAUCCCUGGGCUUGGUGUUAUUAGGAUCUGUGAGUGGAUUUCAAAGUAUCAUGGACACUUUAGCUAUAAUAAUAUAAUAGUUUGUAAGAUUUCAGACAAUUUCCAUACUGUGUAUAGUCUGGUCUGCGAGCAUGUAGAAUUUUGUCCAAUGACCCCAAGCUACCCAUCCUUAUCGCUCGCGCGUAAUUAUAUUGCUGUCGCGACUGUGCGACGGGCGCCCGCAGUGAGUGUGCGGUGUGUGUGGGGUCAUUGGACAAAAUCCUACGUGCUCACAGACCAGGCUUUAGAUUUUUAAUUAUUUACAGUUAGUUAUUUAGACUCUAAAUUUUAGAGCAAU